AUGUCGGAAAGAUACGGAAGUAAGAAAGGUGAAGGUGAAAGAGGGGUUCAACAUCACCAAGACCUAUCUUCAGAACCUGAGGCAUGUAAAUCUACACCUCAGCCGGAACGUACAGAACAUGAGCCGGAACCGGAACCGGAGCCGGAGCCUAAACCUGAGCCUGAGCCUGAGCCUGAGCCUGAGCCUGAGCCUGAGCCUGAACCAGAACCAGAACCGGAGCCAGAACCAGGAGCAGAAACUCCUCGAGCUGGAAGUCCAAGACCAAGCUCUCCAAAGCCAGAGCCAGAACCAGAGCCAGAGCCAGGGGCAGAAACUCCUCGAGCUGGAAGUCCGCGACCGGGUACUCCAAAACCGGAUCCACGGCCUGAUUUCCCUUGGCCAGAUAGCCCAGUCCCCUGGGGCCCCGACGAUAGCUCACGGAAAGCAAAUUUACAGACUCAGCAACCUAUAUCCCAAAGAGUACCACCUCCAUCUUUCACAAAUAAUGCACCGAGUAGCAGUAACCAAAGCCGGCCCAAGGCCAGCGUUGGGGAAAGCUCCCAUAGAACUUCCCCGAUAUUUGGUCGAGGGCCCGGUAGUAUUCUUCCGCCACCUUCAGCUAGCUUUACAACCAUCCCCAAAGAAUUGCAGAUACCGGGGAGACCAAAAUAUCCUCCAGGAACAUGCCACCCAUGGUACGUCCAUCGGCGGCCUGGGAGCAUGACUUUAGGGUUUGAUUAUUCCAGGUAUCACCUCGAGAAAGAUAUCGUGGUGAAAGAACAAAAGAAACCAUUUUGGUGGCUAUCUGCCAUUCCUGAGAUAGAGAGGCAAGGGCGUUUGCUACGAUAUCAAGAUCUGUGCGAAGCUAUUCUGAGGGCAGCAAGCGAGGAGCAGAGAGAACCGGAGCCAGGCGGAGGUCGCCCCUAUAAGAGCCCAAACAAGAUAGAUAGGGGCGAACAGGUGGAAGAAGGGAGACGGAGGCUGAGAACUCAACGGACGAGCGCGAUGUUUAGAAUGGCAACAAUCCUAGCACAAAGUCCCGUAGAGGGCCAGAAGCUCUUGGCAAGCUUGGUUUUAGAGCGCCGAAGGCUGCAAAGAGCUACUCCGUACCCAGUGGAUAGAACUUGGGCCAUCCAAUAUAUUGUGACUCGAGGGUCAGAGGCUAUGAAAGUGAAAAAAACACGAAGGCAGAGAAAGCUCAGAGUCAGAAAGGAACGAGAUGCAAGGGACGAAGUAAGGGAGACGUCAAGAAAUAAAUACAGGGCAAAAAUUCGACAGAGUAGACGAUUGGAAGCCGGCGGCAUAAUGUCCGUGGGCCCUCCACAAGAGGAUUCAGAUGAUUCCAUUUCGUCUAAAAGCGACGGCGAGAAUAGACGAAGACGGAAAAGGCGUAGACGUAUAAGCUCCAUCGUAGUGCGAGCGCCAUUGGCUACUAUCAAAGAGGAGAACGUCGAUGUCUCUCAGGACAAUAAAACACACGGAGAAGGAUUUCCUCGCCCAACAACUCCUAUUCCAGCGCCCCCUUCGCCACCCCCCGGUCAAGCGAGCCUACCACGAGAACUUCAUGAUCAAAAACAAGGCCAAUCUGAAAACGAAGAGUCAAGAGAUGACGAAACCGAAGAAGAUACAAUGUUUCCCGGAAGUAUUCACGAAUUUGAAUUACAGCAGACAAAAGAUAAUAUUAAACGAGCCAAAGAACAGUAUGAGGCUUAUCUACGCCUUUGGGACACGUACCGAACAGAAGGCAUCGCGGAAAGAUUAUGGAAGCUCUAUUACCACCUCUUUCAUGAUUUAGGGGUCGACGUAGAUGAACCAAACUUCCAUGAAACGGGUAAGUCUAUAGUCUACCAGUGCGGGCCUAGGUCCUUCUCCAUUUUUAGGAGCUCGAUUACUAAUGACAAUACCGUCCCUCGUUUCGCAGAUUCCCAAUCUAAAGCCGCCUUAGGGCCCUCAGGAGAGGAUCCUAUUCACGGCAAGAAGACAGAAGAAUUUAGCUCACCGGACACCCCCGAUUUCGACCUGUAUUCCGAGGAGCUCCCGAGUGUUCCAGUUAUGAUCACUGUUGUUGACUUCGACCGAGGCCAUGUUGGACUCGAGAUCCUGAUCCUUCCCGAGCCUACCGAAGAUCAUACGAAGCCCGAAGCCUCCAUCACAAAUCUGCGAGGGGGUGAUCCGGUGAAAUUAUUUGGAAGGUUGACUGUUGAAUACCACCAAGCACUCGCAAAUACUCUAAUUAACCGCAAACCUAACCCACUUUGGAAAACACGAGCGGAUAGAUUGGAUAAGCUGCUGCUACAUGUCCGGCAUCAGCCUCUCUAUUAUUCAAUGGAUCUGCCAAUAUUCGGAAACUCGGUGGGGGAGCAUGACGCCUUGAGACUGUUGGAUAGCACAGCAAAUAUACUUCGAAAAAUCCUUGAUUUCGCUGACGCACUUUCCCUGAGGAAAGAAAUGGGCCAAAAUCUAGUUUAUCAGCUUGUGGACCACAGCAAUGAUGUUCAGAGUCUAGGUGAUAAGGCUUUCGAUAAGCUCGUUGCAUACGCUGGGAAGGGAGAUAUUGAUCCUCUCGGUGAUUUCGAAACGGACGAUUGGGUAAGGGUCCUCGAAGACCGUGCGCGAAUAUUGUACGAUACCACCAAUUAUAUUGAGACAGACUCUUUGCCGAACGACAUUACACCUUUCUUAGAGCCGUUCCUCGAUAACAUCAAGACACAUGUACAGCCAAUCAAGCAUCAUUUUCCAGACUACCAGCCUGGAUACGACCCCUAUGCCUAUUGCCCAGAUCGCCCGCCCGAUAACCCCAUUAAAAAGUCUCGCACCCAUUUACCACCGAAAAAACCAAAAACCGGAAGAAGUUGUUUCCGUCCGUCGCAUAUUCUGAGAAGCCAAGUGCUACUUGACGCUCUCACCGUGCUUGGUGGAAUGAAGGGAAAGAGUAGAGACAAAUUGAGAUUUUUUUUUCUUGAUGGGCAAUCUAUGGAGAGGGAGCGACGUAGACUACCAGAAGAAGAUUGGGAGCCUAACUUCACAACGUGCGGUUAUGAGACUAAAGCCGGCAGUAAUGCACGGUUCUCGAUUCCUGGACGGAUGGUAGAGUCGACCCCGUUCGGAGUCUUCUCAUGGAGGAUGCCCCGAUGGAUCUUGAAAAUACCAGAACAGGUUGUGCUACCGCCAUGGACGGGGGCUUGCCAAGGAUAUGCGCUGAUGAACUACAGAAAAAAUCAAGAGUUGUAUGAGAGAUGGCAAUUCUCUGGGUGGAAGAAAUACUUCGUAUCGUUUUUGGAUCCUGAGGCGGCGAGACUAUUGGUUAAGGAGCUGGAAGGCAACAAUGAAAAUACGCCGCCUCCGCCUCCAUCCACGCCCACAUUUUUGACCAGAUGGGUACCAACUUCUUCUCUGCCGACACAUAUUCUGAGAAACGGGUCUCUACCUGACGGGGAUGACGACGACGACGGUUUUAUUGAGGAUGUGGAGGAAGGAACUAUCAUACCCUCUGGGGCCACAGUAAUAACGAGGAGUAGCUCCGGAAGCACCCCUACAAUGGGAGCAAGUCCUCCGAGUAUGGCCACAGCAGCGGACACGGCAGCCCAUGGCAUACAGCCUCAACCGAGCAUGCUCUCAGAUGAAGAUCCUGUGAGUGGAAGAGGAGGAGAUGGGGCAGAUGACGACCACCCAAUAUCCAAAAAACGAGUCCGCAAGCAGGUACGAUUUUUAAUACCAGAUCCUGAGCCGGAAGAAACGCCGAAAGAAACACUAGAAGGGAAGGGCAUGACAUAUCAUUGGGCACCUGAAGACUUGUUUGAAUUUGAGUGGGAUGAUGAACAUGAACCUGGCGAGCCAACCGAGCAAGAGUUGAUAAAUGAAUUGAGGAUUGCCAACUUGGAUAUAAAUGAUGACGAAGAGGUUUUUGGAAUGGAGGGAGACGAUGAAGGGCUUGCGGGCCCUCAUCCAGCGGGUUUCUAUGACGAAGAAGAAGAGGUCAGGGGAACGAGUAGAUCUGAAGGAAGUGGCAAGGAGGAAUUGAGUUCAAGAGAUUCAUCGCCAGAUUGGUUGGCGAGAACUGCCUGGCCUGGUGCAGACUGGACAACUUCUGCGCAGGCUCAGAGAGGGGUACAGACAUUCUUUGAUGUCCCAUCAAAUAUACCUGAGAACUUGAGAGGUAUUGCAAGGGAGACAGGGAAUCACGAUACCCGUCCAAGACAUGGAGAGGAUGAUGAUGGAGUUGAGUAG